AAGCUGUAAACACCAGCCAAGCCCUCCAGUAUUUAACAGCUUUUAUGAUAUUUUGUUAUAAUAAUGCCUUAUAAAUAAGCAAUACCUUACAAAUAGCUUUUAUGGGGGAUUUUUUAAUUAAAUGUUUAUAUAUUUUUAUUAAGGUUUUACAAUGUUAUCAUCUGAAUUCUGUAACCACGAGCUGAAAUCUGAAUCGAUACUGUUGGGGUUUGUUCCUUCUGUGUUAUUGGGACUGAACCGUUCCACAUUUCAACAACAGGCACGAGAAAUGUAAAGUAAUAACUUAUAUUUUCUGCAUCAUGAACCACAAAAUAAUAAUGGAAUAGUUCGAGUGAGAAGGGAGCUUAAAGAUCCCUGCCAUUGGCAGAGACUCUUUUCACUAUCCCGGGUUGCUCCGAGCCUCAUCCAGCCUGGCCAUGGACACUGCCAGGGAUCCCGGGGCAGCCACAGCUUCUCCGGGCACCCUGUGCCGGGGCCUCAUCACUGCCAAAAGCCAGCCAGGCCGGUUGUUUGCCGGCGGGAAGUGAGAAGCCGAGUCCUUUUCAUUUAUUUUACCGACGGUAACUGGAGCAAAGCGCACGCUCGCGCGCCCACCGGCGGCUCCAGCGCGUCCCCCAAGGCGCCCUGAGGGGCCGGGCCGCGCCCCGCUCCUGCCUCGCUCCGGCCCCAUCCCAUCAACUCCAGCAGGUCAUGGACGCCACCCGAAGGAGAGCUCCCCGCCAUGCCGACCUGUCCAAAAGGCGGAGAGGCGGCCGCCCUUCAGCCGCCACUCCUGGGCGGUGCCGCCCCUCAGCUUCUCUCCAACAUGGCCAGUCCCCCACCUCCCCUCCGCCUCCGGGGCGUCGCCGCCGCAGCAUCACCGCCUCCCCUAAGCAGCGGCGCCGCCCUUCAUCCUCUUCUCACUCUGGCGGCUCCUCCAGCGCCUCCCCUCAGCGACACCGCCCCUCAGCCUCCCGCCAACAUGGCCGCUCCCCCGCCGUCCCUCAGCGGCGCCGCAUCGUCACCGCCUCCCCUCAGCAGCAGCUCCGCCCCUCAGCCUCCCCUCAUCAUGGCGGUUCCUUCGCCCCCUCCUCUCAGCGGUACCGCCUUUCAGCCUCCCGUCCUCUUGGCGGCUCCUCCACCCCCUUCCCUCAGCGGUGCCGCCCCUCAGCCUCCCCUCACCACGGCAGCUCCUCCACCACCUCCCCUCGGCGUCGCUCCCCCUCAGCCUUCCCCCAAUAUGGCGGCCCCUCCCCUCAGCAGCGGCUCCGCCCCUCAGCUUCCCCCGCGGGGUUUUCCCGCCCGGCGCAGCCGCGGAGCAGCAGCCCGGGCUCGGAUCGGGCGGGAAGGGUGGUGCGGAGUCCCUGCCGGCGCGGCGCGAUGUCGCUGCGGCAGCAGUGCGAGGCCGCGUUCGGCACCGCGGACCUGUACGGCGUGCUGGGCGUGCAGCGCGGCGCGUCCGCGCAGGACAUCCGCCGCGGCUACCACCGCGCCUCGCUGCGCCUGCACCCCGACCGCGUCCCGCCCGAGCAGAAGGAGGAGGCCACGCGCCGCUUCCAGAUCCUGGGCAAGGUGUACGCCGUGCUGAGCGACGAGAAGCAGCGCGAAGUGUACGAUGAGACGGGCACGGUGGAUGAGGACGCCGAGGCGCUGCAGGACGGGCGGGACUGGCUGGAGUUCUGGAAGCUGCUCUUCAAGGUCACCGUGAAAGACAUCGAAGACUUCCAUAAGAGCUACAAGAACUCGGAGGAAGAGCUGGCUGAUGUGAAGGCGGCGUACCUGAAUUUCGAGGGCGACAUGGAUCGGAUCAUGGAGUCUGUGAUGUGUACGGACUACACGGAUGAGCCCAGGAUACGGGAAAUGAUCGAGCAAGCCAUCAAGUCCGGGGACCUCCCAUCCUACAAGGCUUUUGUCAAUGAGUCAAAGAAGAAGAUGAUGUCCAGAAGAAGGCGGGCAGAAAAAGAAGCUAAAGAGGCAAAAAAGUCUAAAGAUGAACUGGGCCUUGGUGAAGGAAAUGACUUGCAGGCGCUGAUUAAAAGCCGAAGCAAGGAUCGAGAAAAGCAAAUGGAUAACUUUCUCGCCCAGCUGGAAGCAAAGUACGGGAACAGUGCUAAGAAAGGAGGAAAGAAGACUUCAGCCAAGAAAAGAAAGGCAGAAGGAACAGCAUAGACUGAAAUACCAGGUUUUCACUUUGUAUGGAAACAAAGUGAAUUUGGGAGAAUUUAGGGUGUUUUCUGGGCUCCUGUUUUGGACUGUGUGCAAUGACUGGCUGUAAGUGGGGACAUGACUCGGAAUGUGUGCUGAACUAGGAAGACAAGUCAUUCCUGUGCUACUGUCUCCAACCCUUUGGGUGCUCUACAGCUGAGAUCCAUGUGUGCUAUUCACACACUUCUUCUGUAACAAACCUCCUGCUGUGUUUAAAGGUCUUUGCACAUAAGCUCAACAGGUCUUUUCCAGAUAUUCCAGUAGUUUUUAUAAAGAUAGUUUAAAAAAUUGCAGAUUUAAUAAACUAGAAGGUGGGGCUUUUUUGGAG